AUGAGUGUUUCAGUGUUGAGUGCCUAUGAAAUGUUGUAUCGUUUCGAUCUACCGAUUGCUCAACUGACAAAUGCAUUCCCAACUCAUUUGAAAGACUGCAUCUAUGAUGAGGAUAUAAUAACAAGGAUACGAAACGAGGGGAUAUAUAUGCAGCAACAUCAACGUCUUACGGCUAAGUGGGUCUGUUUUAUAGUCAGGUUUCAAAGGUAUCUGUACAUAUUUCAGAUGGAUGAAGUGCGUCGUGAAUGUGCCACUCUGAUCCCGCAGGAUAUCAAUUACGCCACCAUUGAUGGUCUAUCAUUUGAGUGUAAAGAGAAAUUUGAAAUUUGGCGACCGCAGAAUCUUGCCGCUGCUUCAAGGAUACCCGGUGUAACGCCGCAGGCUCUUUGUUCCUUACUGAGAUAUUUGAAGGCACCAACUCAAUCGCUCGCUAAUAGCAUUGGUGAAUCGGCGAAAUUGUGA